AUGGUUGGGAGUAUUGAGACCCUAAGCAACAACUCGUACUCAAAUGGGUCCGCACAAAACCCGAAUGGUUUUGAAGAAAAGCUAGACGAGCUCCGGAAAUUCAUCGGCAAAUCUGAAGGCGACCUUUUGAAGAUCGUCGGUGUUGGGGCAGGCGCGUGGGGCAGCGUGUUCACAGCAUUGCUCCAGGACAGCUACGGCCCAUUUCGCGAUAAGGCCCAGAUCCGGAUAUGGCGAAGGCCCGGCAGGGCUGUGGACCGGGCCACAGCCGAGCACCUGUUCGAAGUGAUCAACUCGAGAGAAGAUGUGCUGAGAAGACUUAUAAGGCGGUGCGCGUACCUAAAAUAUGUCGAGGCCCGUUUAGGUGACCGGGUUCUUUAUGCAGAUGAGAUCUUGAAAGACGGGUUUUGUCUGAACAUGAUUGAUACCCCUCUUUGCCCGAUGAAGGUCGUGACUAAUUUACAGGAGGCUGUUUGGGAUGCUGAUAUUGUGAUAAAUGGGCUGCCCUCGACCGAAACCCGGGAGGUUUUUGAGGAGAUUAGAAAGUAUUGGAAGGAGAGGAUCACGAGCCCGAUUAUCAUAUCGUUGGCUAAGGGUAUAGAGGCUGAGUUGGGCCCGAGCCCUCGUAUAAUUACGCCCACGCAAAUGAUUAAUCAAGCAACUGGAGUGCCUAUAGAGAACAUUUUGUAUCUUGGUGGGCCCAAUAUUGCUUCAGAGAUAUACAACAGAGAGUAUGCAAAUGCUCGAAUAUGUGGAGCCGAAAAAUGGAGACUCCCUCUUGCAAAGUUCUUAAGGCAGCCUCAGUUCAUUGUAUGGGAUAACAGUGACCUUGUAACACACGAAGUCAUGGGAGGCUUGAAAAAUGUCUAUGCUAUUGGAGCUGGCAUGGUGGCAGCUCUAACUAAUGAAAGUGCCACUGGAAAAUCGGUAUAUUUCGCACACUGCACAUCAGAAAUGAUAUUUAUUACUCACUUGUUAACCAAAGAACCCGAAAAGCUUGCCGGGCCUUUGCUUGCUGACACAUACGUAACUCUGUUAAAAGGCCGUAAUGCAUGGUACGGCCAGAUGAUAGCUAAAGGACAACUGAGCCUCGAUAUGGGUGAUAGCAUUAGCGGCAAAGGAACUAUUCAGGGUGUUUCUGCUAUUGAAGCAUUUUACGAGCUUCUAAGCCAAGAUAGUUUGAAUGUAUUGCACCCUGAUGCCAACAAGCCAGUAGCCCCAGUCGAGCUGUGCCCGAUCCUGAAGAUAUUGUAUAAAAUUCUCAUCACCAGGGAUGAGAAUUUGAACGAUCCACGGGACAGAAUCGAGAUUGCACAAACUCAUGCAUUCUUUAGGCCUUCACUUCUUGGGCACCCUUAA